CCUACACUCGGACUGGAGCAAGAGACAGAAUCGUUGUGUGACGAAAGAAUUUACAUUGUAAACAAAACCAUCGUCAAUUCCCAGAAAGGAAAAACGAAAGGCAAAAUACGCCAAGGCAUGACCUGUUCCCGUGUAACACGCAUUCUGCUAUAAAUAGAAAUCUUUAUGCGGGAAUGAUGAUUGCGUUUUUUUAAUUCUUGUUUACGAUUAAUUGUUUUACACCAAACUGCCCCGUCGAAUUCCCACAGACAGUCUGCAAGAGCACGUGACUUGUCAUGCAAAGUAAGAUCUAUUUAGCGAACUCAAAUUUCGCGUUUGUGAUUCAGUUCUAAGAAGGCGUUCUUGAAGGUGUCUCCUGCUCCUGCUCUUAUCGAUGAUAGUGAAGCGAGGCUUGGAAGAAAGAGAUGAUAUUUGACGCAUUCGUCGCCACUUUACUGAGUCUGUUGUUGUUUGUCAAGGGUCGAUCGACUAAGCCUAGCUGUUGUCCAAAAGUGGAUCCUGACGCAUUUCGUAAUGUUGUGAGUAUUCUCAUUUUUCAAUUUGUUCCUUGAAGACUUUGAAGGUUGCUUUCUGUUUGGGAUAACUGUAGCUCCUCAAAGGACUCAUAUGGUCGCAGUUUUGGUGAAAAGGUAACGGCUCGGCCGAUUGAACUGAAAUAAUUGUCGUAAGUUUGUUAUACAAGUUUUUACUGCACUGAAUGUGCUAUUUGCUUCGACAUCGUAGUUGGAACAACACUCAGUGACUGGAGGUCGAUCGUUUCACUUUCACUGUGCCUCCACUACACCUUAAAUUGAAUAAGCUAUUGAAAUAAUCAUCAACUGUAGUUGUUUGAAGUUAUCCGAGACACAGUAGAUAAAUUAUGCAAUGGAUAACAAGCGUGCAAUCUGCUACUUUCUCGCUAAGGACCUAGGCACGACUGCAAUAGAAAAGAAAAACAGAAAAAGUCAAUUCGGUUAGUUCCAAACUCGUUCCCAGUCUUAUUGUAGGAAGCAUUACAGCAGAUGAUGACAGUGACGUCAUUGUUGGACUGAAAAGUCCUUUUGCUUUGUUCCAAGUUUUCCAUUGAACUAAGACAUGCCAAACGCACCUUGCAAAGAGAAAUACGAGGCUACCUUCAAUCAUGUAAACUUAGGAAUCGUUUUAAACAAAUACAUGUAUGGUUUUUGUCUCCAUGACAUGCGCUCUUUAGUCUCGAGCCACAUACGGAAUUGAAUUAAAAACAGCUGUAUGGGUAUCUGUAUCUGAAAAUUGGAUGUUUUUCCGCCGAAUCGUCUCUGUAAUAUUUAGUACGAUUUUUGCUUCAGUGAUCGGGCUGGUUCGCCUACUGUAUUCAUGUUAGAAAAUGUGAUAUGUUGCACUAUAAGGCACUCAGAAAGAGAUUUGGGAAAGACACGAACCAUUUAGCACUUUGCUUGCUUUGACAAAACUUCAUGGAAGCACAUUGAUAGAAAUGUGUGGAAGCAAUGAGGAGACGACAUGUAUUUGUGUAUUUUUGGAUUUAAACGGUUGUUGAAAUGGCUCUGAACACUGUCCGUAUCUCUUCUCUCCUCCCUUCCUUUUAUCAUCUUAGAGUCAGCUUAUUGUGAAUCGUGGAUAUCCAGUUGAAGAAUACUGUGUGAACACCACAGAUAACUUCACACUCGGUGUUCAACGUAUCCCACAUGGGCGAGCAGGUGGAACCAAUGGCACUAAACCUGUAGUGUUUCUACAGCAUGGGCUCUUGGCGGACUCGUCAAAUUGGGUCCAAAAUUAUCCGGAUAACAGCUUGGGGUACAUCUUGGCCGACAGUGGGUUUGAUGUUUGGCUUGGUAACGUCCGGGGAAACAGAUACUCGAGACGUAAUAGUGUCUUAAAGCCGAGUCAAAAAAAAUUCUGGGAUUGGAGGUGAGUGUUCCGUGGAAAGAAGGCUGAUAAUUUUUGACAGAUAAAAGAAAAUUGACAGUGCUAAUGACCUUUCUGAUUUUAAAACAGGAAAGAAGGUUCUAUUUUUCCCCUCGAUAAAUGACACGGGCCUGCUGUUUUAAUGAGAGAUAAACCAUUACCCUAUUUACGGCACUUUAGGUACUACGAUGACUCAGAAACCCAUAUGAGACAGAAGGAAGUUAAGUCAUUAACUCGUUAACUCCCUAGAUCUGAUUGUUAAUUCUCUUCUCUAGCUGCUACACGCUUCCUUGUAAAUUAGUCACGAGAAUUUGGUGUUAGAUCAAGAUAAUGUAUGGAUAUUAUAGGGAGAAGUUGCGUGUCAAUCACUUCUGGGAGUUAAAAGGUUAAACUGUGUAGUUUCUUGUGUCAUACAUUGAUAUGAUGGUUUUCACUAUUGUCGUCCUCCUGACAGUGGUAUGUGUUUGGUUGCAGCUUUCAAGAAAUGGCUCAAUAUGACAUCCCAGCCAUGCUUAAGCACGCUCUAGAGGUCAGCGGCCAACACCAGCUAUUUUACAUCGGCCACUCGCAAGGAACUCUGGUCGGUUUCACGAGUUUUUCAUCCAAUCCCGAGCUUGCAAAGAAAGUCAAACUGUUCAUGGCCUUGGCGCCCAUUUACCAAUUGGACCACACUGCCGCAAUACUGAGGGACUUGGCUUUCACUCUUGACCCAAUUGAGGUAUGAAUUAAGUGUAAAAAUUUAUAUUUGGCUUAUGUGAUGCACUUCUGAUGCGGAUCGCGACGUAUGAACUUUUUAUUGUUAAUUUUUCUCUAGGGGUGGGGUGGACUGCUUAAUCGUUACCUUAUGAAGCGUCAUUUUUUGGCCGUUUUCCAGCAGCUGUGAUUGCCACAUGUUGAUGACGUGUCCCCUGAGCGGUCUGUUGUCGUGUGUCUUUGUGUGGAUGUUUUGUGUCUUAAUCGUGGGCAUCCAUGCCGAAUAAUUUUGACCAGGAUUGACAGAAGCUCCUAUUUUUUUUUUUCUGUCAGGAACUUCUUCGUCCCCUGGGCGAAAUCGAGUUCUUGCCUGGUCGACUGCUUCAGAAGCUUAUAGAUAUCGGUUUUUGUGGCGGCAAGUGGUCAGAACAGGCUUGUUAUGAUCUUGGAGAGUACAUUUUUGGCUUUGAUGACAGUAACAACAAUAUGGUAAGUAAAAUUAUGUUUAAUGAAAAACUGGUGUUUAAUGAAAAACUGGUGCUGGCAUAUAAAUGGUUAUAAUGGACUGUGCUGUGUAUUCUCUGUUUUCCUUUCACCAGAGUCGGGUUCCGGUCUACCUUUCAAACUGGCCAGCGGGUACUUCCCUGAAGAAUAUCAUCCACUUCGGCCAGGUAUGUAAAGGCAAUAUGAUUGGCGUUUGAAAAGUCGGUCGAACUGUGUAUAAAACUUGUUUAUUGACGUAUAGUCUACUGGGGGUAUUUAACCGCUGAUGCAAAUGUAGAAAUUCGAAAGGUGACUUCUCAAGCAUGUCAAGCGUUUGUUUAGGCGCUUCAAUUCUGAUUUUAGUACUGUUUUCAAUGCAAGGGUCCCUGUCGGCGAAAUCGCAAGCUCCAUAAAGGGAAAAAUGCGUAAAUUGAAAGGAUAAACUGCGUAUGGUUAGCAUGAAUAAAAAGUGAACUACACUGAUUAUGAAGCUGUCAUUAUUUAUCCUUUGAGUAGGGGGCUGGAGGAUUUUGAUCAGUAAAAUUCUCAUGAUCCCCCUUCAUUGGCAGUCAAUUCGCAGUUAUUUUUCUGUAGUCCCCACUCGAUACACCGUUAGCGACGACUUAUCCCACCUCCGCCCCCCUUCCUCCCUUGAUAAACCAUGCGAUCCUCUUAAAAAUCCCUCCCACCCUCCCAGGAGCCAACUGAUAACUGGUCCCUUACUAGUAAGUAAUAGAAUGUACAAGAGGGGCUACCUGGUGACUUCAAAAUUUAGCUUUGUCCCAGGUUUCUCAAUAUGUUUUAACUGUUAUUCCCAAUUGCAGCUUAUAUUAUCGGGAAGAUGUCAGAAGUUUAACUAUGGCAGGAAAGGAAAUCAAAAACAUUACCAUCAGGUAGUUUAAUUGACUCUGUGUCGUUUUGUAUCAAGAAUUUGUGUCGGGUACAAUAGAAAACUUGAGUUGAGCUGCAGAAUAAACUUUUAUAUUGGUGGUUUCGUUUUGUACAAAUGGACCAAAAAAUAUCAUAACAAAUUCGGGAAUGUUCAACCUGAAAAACAAGGAAUUAUUUGCUUGCUUUGGUCAAAACAACAAAGACAAUAGUUUUGAAUGUCGAUUUAGUUUCGUAAAACCAAAAUCAAAAUAAUUACAACGGCUAAUCAAAAGGAAGGAAAAAAUCCUUUAAGAGCCAACGAGAAUUCAAAGUAGAAACAACUAACUAAAGCGCAGGAAAACGCGGGUGACCAAGUCGUUAUUGGUUUUAGUUUGGAAUCUGAUUUGUUAAGAGAGUGUCGCGGGUUUUGUCGACCAAACACUGAACGAAGUAAACCAAAACCAAAGCAGUACAGGAUUUCUUUCGUCACUCAAUUGAAAAUUGUUAUAAUUUUAAUACUAGGCCUCAGUCAAAUGACAAAUUUUCGUGAGUUUUUUGUUUGGUUUUUUCCUUCCUAGGACUCACCACCAGUGUAUGAUGUUAGUAAGAUGAUAACACCCACAGCAUUUUUCUACGGCGGCCAGGAUUCACUGUCUAACGCGACUGACGUGGAAGCUCUUAUACCCAAAAUUAGCAAUCUUGUACUCACUCAGUUCUUGCCUAGAUGGAAUCACGUUGAUUUUGUGUUUGGAGAGGAUGCUGCCAAAGUUUUAUACAGCAACCUUGUCAAAAUUUUGCAUGAUCUCUCGUGAGUGGAGAAGCAAUGGCAUUGUGGAAGUCAGCACUGGGCCUGUUCACGUGAAAAAUAAAGUCCAAAUUGAUGUUGGAUCACUGUGCAAUCCAGGGAAAAGAUGUUUUAUAAUUUCAGAAGAGGAAAUUCAUUUUAGCGCGGAUUUAUUGAAAAUGUAAGAAUUAUUUAAAAUAUUACUUGGUGUUACCAAGGACUACCGAAAAAAGACAAAUCGGAAGCAUGUGAUUCGAUGAACGAUUAUUUUUCUUGAAGCUAACGUGCUUGUUUUUAAUCAUCGCGUUCAUGGACCAUGGCUCAUUUUCUAGCGUCAGUUUAUCACAAUACUAAUCUCCCCAAAGAUGUCCAAAUUGCUCAAAUUUUUAUAUCUGAUUAAAGCAAUAAACUGAUCGCAAAAGGCCUAUCAAAUUUACUGCUUCGUCUGACUGUUACACGAGAGGGGUCGAAAGGGGACGAAAAUUCUAAUCAUAUGUUAAUUAAAACGUAGUAUUUUUCAUUUAUUAUUUUGUCACAGCACCUGCUAUCUCGAAUCGAUCGAACCAGCAUUACGUUCUUCGUUUCUGUUUCCCUUGACAACCGAGCUUAGCCAAGUAAGCUCGUCCGCACUGGUCGUGAACCAGGAAUAGACUGGAACUUACAACAUCUGACUUGUCCCCAGUUGUCUCCUAACUUUUAAUACGAAGCCGCGGGGUCACGAGAGACUAGCACUUCAAAGCGGACGAUGGAAAGUUUUUCCCCCUUCUCAUCCUCU